CCGGCGUAUAUUCACACUAUCAUCAUAGUAGUGCAUGCAGAAUCUUUACUUCUAAAAGUGUAUCAUCAUAUCAAUACACAAAUAAUUUGGUAAAUCAUGAAAUUAUGGAAAUGAUUACGCGCACAAAUGCAAUUAAAAAAAUCAAAAUAAUUGAGCAACUUUGAAAAAAAGAGAGAAGAAAAAGGCAGUGAAAGUUGAAAAGAACACUUUUGAUUGUUUUCACACAAUCUUUCUCUUGCUUUCUUGCAUCAAAGGCUAUUCAACAGUGAUCUCAACUCCCUCUUCUUCCUCUUCAAAUCUCAGACAUGCUCCUUUCUCACUACUCUCAUUCUCUCUCUACCUCUCCUCAUGGGAUACCUCUCUUGCAAUGGUGAAUCCGCAGUUUCCAUCUGCGAUCCAUACAACUAUAAUCCUCGCCGGUCAAAGAAACGUCCUCCAUCAACGCUCAGGAGAUUCAAAUACGACGAACUCGCCGCCGCUACAAACGGCUUCUCCGCCGGUAACUUCCUCGGGAAAGGCAGCCACGGGAGAGUUUACAAGGCGGUUCUCGACGGCGGGAAGCUUCUAGCCGCCGUUAAACGAACCACGAUCGCUAGCGUGAGCCAGGUGGACAAUGAGAUCGAGAUUCUGUCGCGUGUUCGUCACCGUUAUAUGGUCAACUUAAUCGGUUACUGCGUUGACCAACGGAGGAAAACGAAGCUGUUGGUCGUUGAGUACAUGCCUAACGGCACGCUUCAUGAUCACUUGCACUCUCGUAGCUCGUUAGCUCCACCUCUUAGUUGGAACCGGAGAAUCAAACACGCGCUUCAGAUCGCGACUGCCGUCCACGCUCUUCACUCCGCGGAGACUCCCGUUAUCCACCGUGACAUCAAGUCGUCGAACAUUCUCAUCGACGGCGAAGGAAACGCGAGAUUAGCCGAUUUCGGAUUGGCGUUGAUCGGAAACGUGGACGAUGAGCGUCUGAAAGCCACGCCGCCGGCGGGAACGAUGGGAUAUUUAGAUCCGUCGUACUUGGCGCCGGCGGAUCUAACGGCUAAGAGCGACGUGUUCAGCUUUGGGAUACUGUUGUUUGAGAUUGUUAGCGGUAGAGACGCCAUUGAUUUGAAUUACAGUCCGCCGUGUGUCGUGGACUGGGCGGUGCCUCUCGUUAAACGCGGCGAGUACGGAGCGAUUUGCGACUCGAGAAUCAGGAACCGUCCGAGUUGCGCCGUGAUCCGGAGAUUGGUUGUUAUGGCGGCGAGGUGCGUGCGAUCCACGGCGGAGAAACGGCCAGAUAUGUCGGAGGUUGUGGAGUGUUUGAAAACGGUGCGGAAGAUGUCUCAGGAGUCUCCGGUUUGGAAUCGGUUACGGCGGAGAAGCCAAGACAGCUCGGGAAACGUUUUCGUUAGUGAAGAAAAGGAAGAGAACAUCAAUGUGAGGAUGGUGAGAGAAGGGAGCAAGAAGAUGAGCAAGGUAUCCAGCGUGACGACUGAGGACGAUACAGUCCCGGAGAAGGCGAUUUCUCCGGCAACGCUUCGUCGUCGGAACCGUGUGCUGAGAUCGAGAUCAGUUGGUGCGAUGGGUGGAGCGAGAGUUGGACCGAUUCCAAACGACGUCGUUGAGGAUAAUACGGUGGUUACAACGAUCAGAGUUCUUGUGGAGAGGGAAAGAGCGGUGAAGGCGGCGGCGAUGAUGAAGCUGAGCAAGUCGAGGUCGGUGGGGAUUGUACGUAGUCAUAAAACGGUGUCGUUGAAGCUUUAUUGAUUGUUAACGAAAGUCAGCAAUUUGCCAGGCAAUCUGUUUGACUCUUGUCAGAUUUGUUUUCCACAUUUUCCUUCUACUAUUUUUGUUUUUAUUGUAUUUGAUUCUCAAUAAAAAAAGCUAUGUGCUUGCUUUGAAUUUUCAA